GGAAGUCCCCUGGUGAUGGACCCAAACAGCAUCUGCCGGAAAACCAAGCGGUUGGCAGGGAAGCAGGCUGAACUGUGCCAAACUGAGCCGGAGAUCGUGAGUGAGGUGGCGAAAGGAGCCAGGCUGGGAGUACGGGAAUGCCAGUUCCAGUUCCGAAGCCGGAGGUGGAACUGUACCAUCCACAACAAAUACUUCCGAAAAAUCCUGCAGCAAGAUAUCCGGGAGACGGCCUUUGUGUAUGCCAUCACCUCCGCUGGCGUGACGCACACUGUGACUCAGGCUUGCAGCAUGGGUGAGCUGCUACAGUGCGGUUGUGACAGGUCCCGCAACCAUUCUCCCCCGCUGCCUGGCGCGGGCACCAGGACAGAGGGCACAGCCUGGGAGUGGGGAGGCUGCGGCGAUGACGUGGAGUUCGGCUAUGAGAAAUCCAAGCAGUUCAUGGACGCCAGGAAGAAAAAGGGCAAGAGCGACAUAAGGACGCUGGUGGACCUGCACAACAACGAGGCUGGAAGGCUGGCUGUGAAGAAUUACAUGAGAACCGAAUGCAAAUGUCACGGACUCUCGGGUUCUUGCACCCUCAGGACGUGUUGGAAGAAAAUGCCUAAUCUUCGUGAAGUGGGCACCAGGCUCCUGGAUCGCUUCAAUGGCGCUUUCAAAGUGAUGGGAGGCAACAACGGGAAGAGCCUCAUCCCAGUCGGUCAGAACAUCAAGCCCCCCGACAAGCACGACCUGGUGUAUUCCGCCAACUCUCCCGAUUUCUGCCUGCCCAACCGCAAGACUGGCUCGCCUGGCACCCGGGGCAGGACCUGCAACAGCACGGCGCUGGAUGUGAGCGGUUGUGAUCUGCUGUGCUGCGGGAGGGGUUACAGGGAGCAGACGGUGGUGGUGGAGGAGAACUGCCUGUGCCGCUUCCACUGGUGCUGCGUGGUCCAAUGCAAGAAAUGCACCACCCGCAGCCAGCUGAGCCUCUGCUUGUGACUGACCAGGCACUGUGGUUGGAUGGGAGAGGAGCGAUGCAAUUGCUGAAAACUCCCAUUGGCAACCUGCAUUGAGAAGACAUUAACCGUGAGCCUUAAACCCUGCUGAGCUUCUUCCCUGCCAGGUGGAGGCUGCAGGAAAGCAAGCCCCACGCUUCUAUGACCUACUUUGUUACAACUUAGGCAAGACAUGGAGGAAAUCUCACGAAAGACACAGCCUGAGAACUCAAAGCUUGUUGCAAUUAGACAACUGUGGCAAUGAACAAACAACUUCAUUUCAAACUGGUGCGGGCGACAGAGGUGUGGGUUUUAAAUAAACGUGUUGGGGGGGUGGUGCAUUAUUCAAAAGGUGUGUGAUGCACAAGAACCUUUUGAGAAAGUGGACCUCCUUGGCUUCCCACUGACUGAACAGCUUAAACAUUAAUCUGUGACCUGAAAAACAAGAGGAGAGGUGAAAUCUUAAAUAAGGCCGGAUUGACAGAAAUCGCAAGUGGUAUGCAUAGCACAUACAUUUGAUAAGAAGCCCAAAACAUUUGCAUUUAUUUCUUGUGUGCGUGUGAGAGUAGGUGUGUGCUUUUGAGUUUGUGUGUGUGUGUGUUUGUGUUUGUGUGUGUUUGUGUUUGUGUGU